AUGGAGCGCAGCGCCAAACGGUCACUGGAUUGCGGGUGGGGGUUGGAUGGGAACAGAGGAAAGGCGCUUACACCGAGGGCGCGUACCUCUGUUUUUGUUUUGCCAAUACACCCACUCAUCAACUUCUGGCGUCAAGGAAAUUCGCCCAAAGGUGAACGCUUGUUUGCCGAAAUGCUUCAACCCGCUUUUUCCGGAGGGAACCAGGAUGCUCUCGACAAGAUGUCGCACUUGAUGCGUUGUCAGACAAAGCGCGAUCUUCUUGAUAAUGGCGCUCAAGCUGCUUGGCCACGUUCGUAUGAGGCGGUGCUAGAGCAACCUGGCUCUCGAACUAUAAUGCCACUCGACGCUGUCGUCAGGGUACGCCUGAGAGGGGCUCGCACGGCUCAGAUGUAUGCGUUGGCAAGCGGAAUCAUGAUGCAGCCGGCAACAUACCUUGUUCAAAAGCGACGCACUCGCGACCCCAAACAAGGAGAAGGGCAAAGGCAAGGAUUGACGCGUGGUGAUUGGGCCAUCAUGGGGCGGGGAGUCGGGGGAAUCACAGCUGUCGCGGUUUGCGGGCCGCGGCCAGAGGGAGCCAAGAACAACAACAGGCGGACUUUUGCCUCGUGGUUUGAAAAGGUUAAUUACCUUUAUCAGGGGCUUUCAGUCACGAGGGAAGGAACCUGUGAUGAUUCGCGGGGCGAUGGCAACGCGACGAAGCUCUGCCAACGAGAGAAAGGCGGACAAGCAAAGGAACGUCCGUUUCUUUCACCGCACGGUAGGCUGCCGCUGAUGUCAGUCCGGCCCGGGUUGAUCCGCGACCGAAGCGGCAAAACAAAAUGGGAAAUUAUAAAACAGAUGACGGAGGGGGUGUUUAUGGUAUAUGAUAAACAGAAGGGGUAUGUAUAA